ACUGCUGAAUAAACAACCAUUUAACACAAUAGAGCAAAAAAGUUAGUGAUUGGACUUCAGAAAACUUUUGUAAGGACAUUCAAGUACCUACAACAAUGUAUCAACUGAUCCGUUUUCUAUUUUUCUGCUUGGUGGGCUUGGGAUUUUUGAAACUGUCGCGGGCUCAAGUAACUCAGAAAUAUACAGGCGAAAGCGUACGUUCACUUUCUUCACUAAGUAAUACCGUCAAUGGAUUAGACAAUAAAUUGGAGCGUCAUGAACAUCGCGAAAGAGCGCUUGGUGAAGUAAUUAAGAAAUCUCUAACGUCUCUACAAAGAGGACAACAACUGAACCUCGAACGUCUAUAUGGUACACAAACACAUUUCGAUCAGCGUUUUAGCGAAACUGACUUACAGCUAAAAGCGCAAGAAGAAAAAUUAAGAAACCGCAUUGAAACAUUCUUUACGGAACAAGACAAAAUAAAUCAACGGCUACUCGAGCAAUUGACGAAAUUGUCUUUGAAUGUAGAGAAAUUGUUAGAUAACUCCAAUGACUUGAGAAAGCCAAGCAACAAAGAGUCUUACAGUAUCGAUUGGUAUGAAAGGCAAAAAUCACCGCCAUAUAUUCUCUCAAAUGAUAAAAGGAAAUCAAAUGAAGAGCUUUUCAGCAGCAUUAACUACAACCUGUCAAGGUCAAUUUUCCGUAACAUUAACUACAACCUGACGAGACCAACCGUGCAACGGCUGCUGGAGUACCCCGCGUUUGAUAGCAACACGCCUGUGAAAUCCGACGAGGCAGCGUCACAAAUUCAACAGCCUUGUGCGCAAGCUACAUCACCAAACGGUCUCACAGAUGCACAGAUGGUCUCACAGAUCAAGACAUUUUUACACGAGUUGACUAACGAAACACACAACCUUCUUCAUGAUGUCAACACCAAUGUGCAAAAUAUGGUACAGAAAUCACAAACUGAAGUCACGUCGCGUCUUCAAGAAGUCGAGCAGAGUCUACAUUUCAAUGCUGAGGAAAUUACGAAAAAGCUCAACAACCACGAAAUUUCAAUGCAGAAAUUCCAUAGCGAAAUGAUUAGCACUUACAAUAAGGUAAAUGAUAGUUUUGAAACUUUAAGCAGGUGCAAUAGCGUCUCAAAGCCACGCAGACAAGUCAUGGAUACGGAGGCAAGCGCCAGCGAUUUAGUAACUGAUAAACAGCCAGAGCAAGCGCAGUUGUUUGAUUUGCUGAAGACACAUUUCGACACAAUUCACCAAAACUUGGCAAGCAAUCAACUUGAAAUUGUGACAAAUCUCAGCGCCACCAUUAAAAAUGAAAUUAGUUUUUUGUGGCGUCAAAUUUCCAUUACGAAUGGUGAGCUCAACGACAGCAGAGAUUUUCUGCGGCUAAUGCGCGAUCGGAAUGAAAUCUUCGUCAACAGUAUUUUACAAAGCAUAGCUGCUAUCAGCUUAAAGGUGGAAGAUAUCAAAGAACGUGUAAUGGACAUGAGUGACUAUCAAAAUUAUUUGUCCAACAAAUUACCAUUAUUGCCACAAGAAUUUGCCGACAUGCAACAAGCAUUCAUCGGUUGGCUAGAACAGCUUAGUGAGACCAUCAAAAUAAUGCAGGCAACGAAGAACGGUUUGGCAUCGAAAAUUAUUAGGAAAUGAAAUAAUUUCGUAUUCAUUUCGAAGCAGCGCGAGUAGCUUAGUAUAAUCAUAGAAUUAAACGACUAUAAGUGAAGUUAAUUGGAGUGAUGCACUUUAAAAGUAUAAACAUUUUGGGGCAAAGAUGUACAUUAGUUUUCAAACUGUUAUAACCGCUACUUUGAAUCGUUGCAGAUAUGUCGAUGAAGCAGUUUCCAAGCAGAUCUAAAAUUGAAUUUAAAAAAUAUACACAAUUUUACUUAGUCUUUCUGCUGAAUUAGCAAAUUUGUCGUUAAGUUCCAUUAAUCCCUAACCAAUCAAAGACAUAUUCUUAUAUAUUACAUACGCAUGUAUUUCACAAAUACAUAUACGGCAUGUAAUCCAUUUCUUUUCCAUAAAAAUACAUAACUCUAUUUCGAAGGAAUUUUUUUGCACCUUGACAAAAAUGUGAUUCAAUUUGUUUCUAGACAUUUAACUUAGCUCAUAAACAGA